UAUAAUGCCCCCUUCUUCUUAACUUUGUUUUACCCACAUGUCUUCUUCUCUAGCUACAUCGUUGUCUAAUGUAAUUGUACAUUUUUCUCCCUUUUGUGGUCCAUCUUACUUGUAAUUUUUACUUUUUUUCACCGUAUAAAAACUAUAUAUUAUAACCUUCUUCAGCUUCUGUUUUGUCAUACAACUUACUGUAUUUUUCUUAGCUCAUUUUGUCCCAUUAACAAGAAAGCUACCAUUCAGUUUAUAAGCACCCUUCUAGCUCUACCUUUAUAAGCUACCCUUUAAGUUUUAUUACUCACAUAUUGAGUUUUACUUACAAACAACAAUGUCAAGCAGAAGGUCAAGGCAGCAGCAAUCUGGUAGUUCAAGAAUUUCUGAUGAUCAAAUCAUUCAACUUGUUUCCAAAUUGCAACAAUUAGUUCCUGAGGUUCGCCAACGUCGUUCGGACAAGGUGUCAGCUUCUAAGGUACUUCAGGAGACUUGCAACUAUAUAAGAAAUCUACAAAGGGAGAUGGAUGACCUUAGCGAUCGCCUCUCACAACUCUUGACUACUGUUGAUGCUGAUAGUGAAGAAGCACAAAUAAUUAGGAGCUUACUUAAUAAUUAAUUACUUUUUAAUCCUUAAAGUCAAUGCUUUAAUUAUAUAUAUAUAUAUAUAUAUAUAUAUAUAGUGUUAUGUAGCUAGGUUUUUCGUACUAUAAAUGAAGCAUGCAUGGCCUAGGGAUGAGUACCUGGAUCUAGCUUGUAAUGCAAAUAUCAAAUACAUAUAUAUAUAGUAGUAUAUGUCUUUUGUAAUUAAGCUCUUUAAUAAUAAGGAUUUGCACGCAUUUAGGUCCUUUAA